UGAAGGUCUCUACAUCUUUAUACGCACUCAUCCGGAACUGAAUGCAAUUUUUUUUGGGUCGCUGUUUUCUGAUAAAAUCUUAUCCAUUUGAUAUCAGUUUAUGCAAUCGCAUAUUAAUAAACGCAUAAUAAUCUGAUUAUGGGUGGAUACGGGGCGAUGUCAGACGAAGAGUCUCUGGAUUAUUCAGUGCAUGAAGCCUGGAACGAGGCCACUAAUGUUUACCUGCUGGUUAUUUUGGUCAGUUUCGCCCUGCUUAUGUACGCCAGAAAAAAUAAGAGGAAGAUUAUGCGUAUAUUUACACUGCCACCAACAGUGGCCAGCUCUUCAGAGCCCAACUUCUACGACAGUCUGCAGAAAGUCCGGCUGAGACAACAGCUGGAAAUGUAUUCACUCGCUCGUAAAUAUGAUCAGCAGCAGCACCAGCAGUCUCAGUCAGAUAGUGUGCAGCUGUCAAUGGAGUGAUCUGACCAGAGGAGGCGCUCUUCACCAACUAAUGCUGCAGAUGUGAAUUAAAACUGACUUCGAGCUCACAGAGACUUAUGAUCCAGAGAACUGGAUUGCUGGAGAACAAACGUACUGGGAGUAAACUGUUGAAUGAUAUUUUGAUUUGAUGAGCCUUUCUUUUUAUUCUCAUCCUUCAUACCUCUCGAUCAUUCAAAAGUGGUGUUUUAUGACCUUGUGAUAGGAUUUUCCUUUGAGGGCAUCGAUGGACUAUGAAACAGACUGCUCUCUGGUGUUGGAAGUGAAAUUUGAUGUAUAAUAUCUCAAUGUUUCAUAUGAUUGGCAAACACAUUACUUGUGCACAUCAUCUGUGUGUCAUAAGGUCUGCAUCCAAACCUUUUACCUCUCCUCAAAAACAUUGUUACAAAAUGCUAUUUAAGGUUUUCAAAGUAAAGAUGUUGAAAAUACUGUACACUGCUUCUAGGUACCUUUUCUCUGAUGUCUCACAUUGCCCUCUAGUUCUAGAUUACAUGCAUGUCAGUUGUUUUAGGCUGACCUACAGGCUGUAAAAUAUGAAACUGCUUAUUAAAAACAUAUUACUGAGUCUUAAUUUUGAAAGUGACUGCA